CUUCCCUUUUUCUACCCUCCGAUCGAUUCGAUGCCUUGCCUCCUCCUCUCUCCGGCCGCCUCCCUACGAGUUUAUAAACCCACCGCACAGUGCCCGCACGGCCGCACCCUUCUGCUCCGGGCUACGCACACAGGGCCGGAGCCUGUGGCCGCGCCGCCCCAUUUCUGGGGAGCGUCUGAGGAUUAGAUUGGAUUCCGUUUUGGGGAGCACGAAGAAAGGAAGGAAGGAUGGUGCGGGGCAAGACGGAGUUGAAGCGGAUAGAGAACACGACGAGCCGGCAGGUGACCUUCUCCAAGCGCCGCAACGGGCUGCUCAAGAAAGCCUUCGAGCUCUCCGUGCUGUGCGACGCCGAGGUCGCGCUCGUCGUCUUCUCCCCGCGCGGCAGGCUCUACGAGUUCGCCAGCUCUGCCAGCCUGCAAAAGACGAUCGACCGCUAUAAGGCAUACACAAAGGAUAAUGUUAAUAAGAAGACAGCACAACAAGAUAUUCAGCAAAUCAGAGCUGACACUGUAGGCUUGGCAAAGAAACUUGAGGCUCUUGAAGAUUCGAAACGAAAAAUCUUGGGCGAAAACUUAGGAGAAUGUACUACUCAAGAACUGCAUAUUCUGGAAGCUAAAAUUGAGAAGAGCCUCCACAUCAUCAGAGCAAAGAAGUCCCAGCUGCUGGAACGGCAGAUAGCUAAGCUGAAAGAGAAGGAGACGAUGCUGCUCAAAGAUAAUGAGGAAUUACGCGAAAAGCAGCAGCAUCUCGCCGCACUGAUGGUGGUUCCCUCCCUGAACCAUGUUGCGCUUUCGCCUUUGCAGCCCGAGCCCGAGCCGGAGCCUAGCAGCGACGCCAUUGACACCGUGGAGACGGAGCUGUACAUAGGGUUGCCCGGCAGGGAGCGCUCCUCCAACCGGCAGUCAGGUUGAGCCAAGUAGCACGCGUGCACCGUCAGAUUAAUCGGCGGCAGGUUCAGCUCACAGGAAUAAGCUCUCUUCAGUCUGCACCUGCAUCUGCACGCGUGAAGUGCCCAGCCUGUAGCCCACUGUUAAUUUCUCUAUGUUUAGUUUAUCUCUACUGAAAUGAUUCACCUGCACAAAAAAGAAAAGGGUGUAAAUUAGCAGCCGCGAUGGCGACAAAAUCAACCCGCAGCUGACCUCCGACAUCUGAAAGAAAAUGAAACACCCAGGAGCACGUGGACGGUUCCUUCGUUUGGAUGUCUAUGUAAAUUACAGUCUGAAGCUAUAUGAAGCACUUGGAACCAAUCGAUGAUUAAGUAGAAAGGAAAUAAAAAAGAGGAGGUCCGAAUCUUCUGAAGUGUUGUGGAUUA